AUGGCCAGCAAGGACCAGGGAGAAGGACUGGAUCACAGCGCCGAGGCGGAUCGGACGCGAAAAUUCGCCACGUCGUUGCCCGAGAACCUGAAAUCCCGCGAGGGGAUAAUGCAGUUGUUCGACAGCCUACGCGAGGGAAUGGAUGAGGGGAAGCCAGAUCUGUUCCAGGCGAUCAACGACCACGGCCGUCUGAUGCUGAUUUUUGUUGUGCUUUGUGGCUUUGAUGGGCAGAUGGAGCGAUUCAGGACUGAGAGGGCUUUGCGGAGAGCUCUGCCUUCAAGCGAGCCGCGGCGGAAGCGUAGAUCAAGAAUGCCGAACGGGGUUGGAUACGCGCCGGAGCUGGAUUUCGAUCCGGACGAGGUGGAUGCGGAAGAUGAUGGGUUUCUUGAGGCCUUCCAAGGCCACGAGUCAUCGGCGCCAGGAUGGAUGUCUCAGCUUCCAGAUUCCAUGUUGUCCAACAACAGCAUGAGCACACUGAAGAACCAAUCUGAGGGACAAGCUGACUGGACAACGUUCCCUAAGCCGCCGCAGCACGUGUUCAGUGGCAUGUCUGGGAAAGUGGAAGAUCUUUCAGGAUACGGCGAUGCUCAGACCAAGUCUCAAGGUCCGUCGUUUGCAGGCAAAUCGCUCUUCAAAGAUCUUGAUUUCUUAGUGGGCAACAUCUUGGACCAAAGCCAGAAUUUGCAGACACCAUCUGCUCCGACGAACUUUGAAGGCUUUCAACACUUCUGUCCGACACACAACAAACUUGACAACGUCGGAGAAGAGCCCGCUGCCGACAGAGUAUCGCCUCUAGCAGGACAGCUCCAGGAGCCAAAGCAACAGCCGCUGGUGAAGAAUGAACAGUUGUCAGAGAUGGCGCUGCUGUUCCAAGGCGAUCUCGAGAUGCCGUCGCAGACCCAAGGGCAUGAGCAACGAAAGCUAGCUGCGUGGAAUCAGGCGCUUGACAAGCCUGUGCCAAACGCUAUGCCAUCUAAGCAAGACGCUAUGCCUGACGAUCGCGAUGAUGUCGCCGCAGCCAAAGUCAGAGCACCACUUGUCUUCGACCAAGACGAAAAUGAGGCAGAGGAUAGAUUGGCAGCGCAGGUGUUUCAAGCUCUAGCACAGCUGAUGGAGGCAUUGGACAAGUCGAAUCAUGAUGCCUCGUCCACCCUGGUAGAUCUCCUCAGCCGUAGCUCUCUGCUCGACAAGACGGCGGAGUUGCUGCGCAACGGAUGCCUGAAAGACAUCUCCAAGAGAAAGCAGCUCUAUGAGGUUCUGAUAACGUUCCUGCACGGGCUUGCAUUGCUUCCUAGUACAAGCCGCUUGUUCUGGAAGCGGCGAGUAGCGAACUCUGGAGCCGGUCACAGCCUGUUGAGGGUAGCGCUGGGAAGUCCGACUCGAAUGAGCGGCGAAGAGGAGGAAACGACCCAGUCCUUAAGCACCAGCAUGAAGGAUUUGUCCGCCCUGGCAAAGUAUACGUUAAAGCAUCCAGACCCCAACGACGACAGCGAUGCCAGUAGAUGUCGUGGCCUCUUCAGGAGCAUAAGAGAGUUGCGGCGCCAGAUGAAAGCGAACCUAUCUGGACAGGGACAAGAAGAGGUCGUCAGAAAGGACAGUCGUAUGAACAGUAAAGGCGCGGACACCUGGCAAGAAGCGGAACUUUGGGUCGAAGUAGACGAGAGCCAGAUCAUGGCGCGUUUCAAAUUCGACAAGGAGGCUACGACCGCGCACACGACGUGUCUACCAGCCAUGCGCAUGAAGAAGCUCGUCAAAGAUCAGAAGCUUCUCGCCUCGGAGCUGCAGAGCGCUGGCGGUAUCUUUGUGCGCUACUGCAGCAGUCGCCCAGAUAUGAUGAAAAUCCUCAUGGUAGGCCCGCAAGACACGCCAUAUGAGAACGGCUUGUUCGAGUUCGACCUCUGGUGCCCAGGCGACUACCCAUCCGUCCCACCCCGAAUGCACUUCAGGACAACUGGACGAGGCACAGUUCGCUUCAACCCGAACCUGUACACCGACGGAAAAGUCUGUCUCUCGUUGCUGGGCACCUGGGGUAACCAAUGGAACCCAGCAGAGAGCAGCAUCUUUCAGGUUUUGCUCUCAAUUCGAUCAAUGAUCUUUUGUCCCGAGCCGUACUGCAACGAGCCAGGUUACGAGAAAGAAUAUGGAUCGGAGGCGAGCAAGGUCUAUACCGGUCACGUCCGUCCCGCGACCGUCAGGCAUGCAAUGCUCGAUUGGAUGGACCCGGAACGGUGCCCGCAGAUGUGGAGGGAGGUAGUCCAGAAGCACUUCCAGCACAAGGAAGAGGCUAUUCUCGCAACAGUCCGCGAGUGGAUCGGAGGAAGGCCUCCAACGAGAAUGUCCAGGGUUAGAACCCACAUGCAGACUCUCGGCCAACUCAGCCAGGCGAUCAUGAACAUGAGAAAGGAGCCGGAGAAGUCGCCAUCGCCGUCGCCGUCAUCCUCAGCAGCACCGAUCUGGUCUCCCGUCGGAACAUUUCGUGAGAAGCUUCAGAGUGCGGUGAAGGAGUUGAGAUAG